AUGGAGGCAAAAACGCGUAAAGUCAUAGCCGGGUCCUUUAUUGAAAGUCUUUUGGAUGAGAAAACACUCAGCAUAACUCGUAUGGACCCGGUAGAAAUCGUCGAAAGUACAGGAAAUGGAUCGAUGUCUGCAUACGAUGUCGUUGAAGCAUUUUCCAAGAGAGCCGCUUAUGGACAUCAAAUGAGCCUCAACCUCCUUGAGGUGGGCUUUAGUGUAGUUCUUGAACGAGCUCGAGAGCUUGAUAGUUAUUACCAGAAACAUGGUAGGCCUGUCGGCCCUCUGCAUGGUCUACCUAUUACCCUCAAAGACCACUUUGAUAGAGGUACUGGCAAAGAGCGCGUCUUCCAAAGCGAGCUGAUCGAGGAAUUAGUCAGCUUAGGUGCAGUCGUCAUUGGCAAGUCAUCGCUUGUGACUACAAAGUGGGCUCCGUCGGGAUGCCGGCAGCGUUCAACGGAGUUUUACAGUCACAAGCCGUCAUCAGGGCGUCUAUCUCUCAAAGACGCUCCCGCUUCUGGCAAGGCGAAUAUGGUGAUACCUGGCGCCAUCGGUAUACUUGGUCCCUCCGUUGCGUCUCUGAAGUUGAUGUUCAAGUCGCUGCAAUCGACAGAGCCAUGGAAGCGCGACCCUUUUGUACUGCCCAUCGAAUAUCGAGAAUAUCGUGAGUACAAUCCCGAAAACGACCCGCUUCCCGUAUUUGAAAUCAUGAAAGAUGACGGGAUCGUCAGACCCCAUCCACCUAUCGCUCGAGCUAUGGAUAUCGUUGAAAAAGCCAUAUUGAAGGCAGGAUAUGGAACAUCGGCUUGGGAUCCACCAUCUCACGCCGAGACCAUCAAGUUGCAUGGGCCGAUUGCGCGCGGUGAUGGAAUUCCUGAUGCAUGGAGGAACAUACAACUCUCCGGAGAAGCUAUCGUACCUCAACUCUUAGGCAAUGUAUUCCCUGGCGGAAAACUACAACCACCCAUGAAUUUAAUAGACUGGGAGGAUCGCGUGCUGCAUAUGCAGGACUAUCGUACCAGAUACCAGGCAUAUUGGGAAUCGACAUCGAACGCAACUUCCGAUGGACGUCCGGUUGAAGCAUUCGUCGUUCCUAUAGCUGCUACAGCCGCCUUCAUCCCCAGGAACUUCUACCGUUCCGGUAAGAAGAACAAUGCCUGA